AUGGCGAACACAGGAAUUGGGGUUUCUUUUGACCCUAAUGACAUGACCAGCUGGUACUUCCGUGAGCUGUCCAGAGCUGAAGCCACCAGACUGUUACUCAACGAGACGGAGAGCGGCGUCUUCCUUGUCAGGGAUUCGAAGACUAUCACCGGUGAUUACGUUCUAUGCGUGAGAGAAGACGACCGCGUCUCCCACUACAUAAUAAACCGUGUGGUAUCCGCUGAUGGCACUAUCAGAUAUAGAAUUGGCGAUCAGCUCUUCGCAGACAUGCCAGCGUUGCUAUCGUUCUACCGGUUGCACUACCUGGACACGACUCCACUGGUGCGUCCUCUCCCGCAAGCGCUUGCCAAGGUAGCUGCGCCACCACCCCCACAGCCACACCAGGUCUUGGAGCUGGUGGUUGCUAAAUUCGACUUUUCUGGAAAUGAUGCAGAUGACCUCCCCUUCCGUCGUGGUGAUCGCUUGAUGGUGAUCAACAGAGACGAGGAACAAUGGUGGACGGCACGAAACAGUCAAGGACGAACGGGGUCUAUACCAGUGCCCUACGUUCAAAGGAUCCUGGAUCCGUCAGGUAUGCCGUACCCACACACGGAGGCGCUGAAUCAAUUAAACGAGCCCUCGAGCCCACCGACAAACAAACAGCAACAACGAACCAGUAUGACAAAUAUGCAGCGCACGUUGCCUGCGCCGGCGGUGGUAAAACAACCGCGGGUGCCCAACGCCUACGACAAGACCGCGCUCAAACUAGAAGUCGGAGAUAUUAUACAGGUGGAAAAGAUAAACAUAAACGGCCAAUGGGAGGGCAGGUUGAACGGCAAGUACGGCCAUUUCCCCUUCACCUGCGUCGAGUUCUUAGACAGCGUGUCGACCAGUUAA